AUGGGGCCCUUCUACUACGACAAGCGCGUCGGCCUCUACUACGACAACGUCGAGGCCCUCGCCUUCAAGGACCAGCGCUUCGGCUACGACCCGCUCGACGCCUUCUACCAGGGCACCGAGGCCUCCACCCAGCUCAAGCCCGAGUUCCACGGACAGCAGCUGCUGCAGGGGGACGUCACCGCCGCGCAGUUCAGGCAGGACCAGACCGACGGCAGCUUCGCCAUCAACGUCGGCCUCAACGCCAAGCUCAGGGUCAAGGUCUGGGCCUUCAAGGUCCGGGGGCCCAGAAUCACCUGCAAGCUCCUCGUCCCGGCGCCGGGAGCCACCAACGGAGCCACCUUCCAGCCCACAGACUGCAAAGUCUGGUUCUGAGAUCUGCUUUGCAUUGCUGCUGCUUUGCCUGCCUGCUAACAACUGCUAGCUAGUAGUUGAUUCUUUCUGUUCUUGGGUCCCGAACCCUUAAUUAGGCAGGCAUAUUCAUUUCAUCGAUCGAUAUUUACUAUACUAGUACUGUAUAUACAUUUUGUUAUACUUGUUCAGACUUGAGAUAUUCAGAUUCUGUUCUGUGUCAUGAUGCUUAAUUUGA